AUGAGUCUGCUGAGGCCCAGCGGGCUGAAGGCCCCCACCAAGAUCCUCAAGCAUGGGAGCUGGGCCCUGAAGGCACCCUCGGCCGCGGCUGCUCCCGUUGAGAAGUCCGUGCCUGGGGAGAAAACCCCCAGCGCCUUCUCCUCGGAGACGCAGGAGGAGUUUGUGGACGACUUCCAGGUGGGGGAACGAGUCUGGGUGAAGGGGAACAAGCCUGGAUUCAUCCAGUUCCUCGGGGAGACCCAGUUUGCCCCUGGUCAGUGGGCCGGGAUCGUCUUGGACGAGCCCAUCGGCAAGAACGACGGCUCGGUGGCGGGUGUGCGCUACUUCCAGUGCGAGCCGCUGAAGGGCAUCUUCACCCGGCCGUCCAAGCUGAGCAGGAACUGGCAGGCUGAAGAUGAGACCAACGGCCUGCAGCCAGCGCCUGCUGCCCCGGCCACACCGCCCCGGUCGGCCUCCCCGGCCCCUGCCGCCGCCCCAAAGGCGCCCCAGCCCUCCACAAAGGAGGCACCGGCCGCCCCUCACAUCAGCAACCUGACCAGGACGGCCAGCGAGUCCAUCUCCAACCUCUCAGAGGCUGGCUCCCUCAAGAACGGGGAGCAGGAGCUGAAGCUCGGGGACCGGGUGCUGGUGGGAGGCGUGAAGGCCGGUGUGGUGCGCUUUCUUGGGGAGACCAACUUCGCUAAGGGGGAUUGGUGUGGUGUGGAGCUGGACAAGCCGCUGGGCAAGAACGAUGGCGCUGUGGCCGGAACUAGGUACUUCCAGUGUCAGCCCAAGUGUGGCUUGUUUGUUCGCAUUCACAAAGUCACCAAGAUCGGCUUCCCCUCCACGACACCGGCCAAGGCCAAGGCAGCCCCCGUGAGGCGUGUGAUGGCCACCACCCCCGCCAGCCUGAAGUGCCACCCGUCGGCCUCCUCGCUCAGCUCUGUGAGCUCCGUGGCCUCAUCCGUGAGCAGCAGGCCCAGCCACACGGGACUAUUGCCGGUAACUUCCUCCCGCUGCGCCCGCAAGAUCUCCGGCACCACCGCCUUCCAGGAGGCGCUGAAGGAGAAGCAGCAGCACAUUGAGCAGCUGCUGGCCGAGCGAGACCUGGAGCGGGUGGAGGUGGCCAAGGCCACGAGCCAUGUGGGGGAGAUAGAGCAGGAGCUGGCCCGCCGGGAUGGGCACAACCAGCACAUCCUGGAGCUGGAGGCCAAGAUGGACGAGCUGCGGGCCAUGCUGGAAGCGAGCGACUGGGAGAAGGUGGAGCUGCUGAACCAGCUGGAGGAGGAGAAGAGGAAAGUGGAGGACCUCCAGUUCCGAGUCGAAGAGGAGUCCAUCACCAAAGGCGACCUGCAGAAGGAGGUGAAGGCCCUGCAGGCGGCCUCCGAGAAGCUCGCCAAGGAGAACGAGUGGGGGAGGACCAAGCUGGACCACGCAAACGAGGACAACACGGACGUGAUCGCCCCGUGGAAGUCCAAGCUGGAGACAGCCAUCGCCCCGCACCAACAGGCCAUGGGCGAGCCGAAGGCGUUCGUGAGCCGGGGCGUGGGUGCCGAGGCGGCUGAGCUGGCCGAGCUCAAGAUGCAGAUGGAGAGGCUGCAGUUCGAGUCCCAGCAGGAGGUGGAGAACGUGAAGGCCCAGCAGGUGGCUGAGCGUGCGGCACACGCCUCUGAGCUGCAGACGCUCAGGUCGCGGCUGGUCAGGAUGGCCCAGGAGCAGAAGAACAGCCUGGAGGCCGCGCGGGCCAAGCUCGACCAGACCGAGGACCAGCACCUGGUGGAGAUGGAGGACACCCUGAACAAGCUGCAGGAGGCGGAGACAAAGGUAAAGCACCUGGAGGGGUUGCGGGCCAUGUGUAGUCAGCAAGCCCAGGCCCUGGCCGACGCCACGGCGCAGCUGGAGGCCACCCAGGAGAAGCUCUUGCAGCUCGAUGGGCUCCGGAAGGCCAGUUGAGGUAAAUUGGGAAUGGAGAAGCUCAGGCAGCAGCUCCAGGUGGCUGAGCGGCAGAUUCAGGAGUUAGAGAAUGCAAAGUGGGCUGAGAGCGGCAGGUUGGCCGAGAGCCUGGCCGAGGAGCUGCAGGGGAAGGAGCUAGCGCUUCGUAGUCUUCAGGAGAACUUGAACGAAGUCAAUCGAGUGAAGGAGGCUUUGGAGAAAGAGCUUCGGAGUUUGAAAGAAAAGUUCGCAGAGGCUUCAGAAGAGUCAGCCUCUGUUCAGAAAAACAUGCAAGAAUCUGUUGAUAAGUUACAUCAAAAAGAAGAACAGUUUAAGGCGCUGUCUUCUGAACUGGAGAAGUUGCGAGGAAAUCGAACAGAUAUGGAGGCUGAAUUCAAAGAGAGAGAUGUGCGAGAAGAGCAGUUGAUGAAGGCAAAGGCCAAGUUGUCAAACGACAUCGCGGACAUCAUGAAAAUGUCCGGGGAAAACUCGUCACAGCUGACGAGAAUGAAUGAUGAACUACGCCUGCAGGAGAGUUACUUAUUAACCUCAGACAAAGAGGAAAUUGAGCUGAUGUCGGAGGAUCGCAGGGCCCUGAGGUCAGAGAAUCAAUUGCUGGCGAAGGAGAAGCUCUCUCUGAAGUCAGAGAGAGAGUCAUUGCUAUUGAAGUUGAAGGAAGCGGAGGCCAAAAACUCUUCGCUGCGGGAAGAGCAGAGGAAGCUCUGGCUGUUGAACCAAGCGAUUCUUUUCGAUAAAGAGAAAGUCAUCGAGGCCAGGCGGGCCGCAGAGAAGCUCUGGCAGGAGGAGUGGCUCGGCCGAGAAGCCCUCGAGGCGGAGAAAGAGAAAGUGCUGGAAGAGGGCAGGGCAGUGCAGGAGGAGCUCCAGAGGGUGCUCGCGGAGAACGACGCCCUGCAGGUCGCCAAGGUGGGGCUGCAGGCCCUGGUGGAGGAGCUGCAGAUGAGCAAGAGCAGCCUGGUGGCCGAGUGUAAGAAGGGCCUGGAGGAGAGGGGCCAGCUGGAGGAGCAUGCGAAGAAGCUGGUUCUGGAGAACCUAUCCCUGGCCAAGGACAAGGACAACAUCAUCCAGAAGCUGCAGUGCUCCUACGAGGAGCUGGCUCGGGAUCAGAAGUCGCUGGUGCAAGAGAUCGAGGAGCUCACGGCCGAGAAGAAGUCGGCCGUGGAGAAGCAGUCGGGCCUCGACAGCCUGUGUGUGGCUCUGAAGCUGGAGCGUGACGGCCUGGCCCAGAGCAACGAGGAGCUAUAGCUGGAGAAAGACCUGCUGAGCCAGGAGCACGAGAAGCUGGGCGCCAGCCUGGAGGCGGCGCUACAGGUGAAGGAGCUGCUGGGCGCCAAGGCCAGCUGCCUGCGCACGCAGCUGGAUGAGGACAAGGCCGUGCACAAGGCCAAGCUGAAGGCGCUGCAGACGCAGGCGGCCAACGCCCACCUGGCACAGCUGCUGGAGCAGAUUAAGACCAGCAGGGAGAACUCCGACUCGGAGUGCGUGCAACUUCUGCAUGAGAAGGAGACGCUGAGCCUGGCUGAGCGGCAGCUGGCGGCCGAGAAGAAGGAGCUCCUCGGCGAGAAGGACCUCCUGGCCCAGAAGCUCGGCCGCUGCUUCGAGGAGGCGUUCCGCGUGGAGUCGGCCCUGCGCGAGCCGCUGAACAGCCUGGGCUCCGAGAAGGAGCUGCUGGGUCAGAAGGCCACGAAGCUCCAUCAGCAGCUGGACUGGUUGCUGAAAGACCAGGCACUGCUGGAGGCGCAGCAGACCGAGCUGCUGGCCGAGCGGGAGGCGUCCCUGCAGGCCCUGGGCGAGCUCCAGCAGAAGCACGAGGAGGCGGCGGCGAGUGCCCGGGUGGCCGUCCAAGAGAAGAGGAAGCUGCGCGGUGAGCUAGACGUGCUGCAGCGGGAGCUCCAGGGGCAGCGCCAUGAGAACCAGGGGCUGGUGGCCAGCCAGGGCGCCCUCGAGGUGGCGCUGCAGGAGGCCCAGGACGCGGCCCGCAGCCUGGAGAAGACACACGCCAGCGUGCUACAGGCCAAGUAGGCGCUCAACGCCGAGUGGUAGGAGGAGUGCUGGCGGCUGGUGGAGGACGGACUCGCGGCACAGCAGGCCCUGGUGCAGGAGCGGGAGGCCCGCGCCCAGAAGACCCAGGCGGCCGCCCACGAGACCAGCCAGCUGCGAGGCCGCCUGGGGCUGCUGGAGCAGGAGGCGGAGGAGCUGCGGACGCACACACAGGGACUGCAGGCCCAGCGACUGGACCUGCUGGAGGAGAAGGCGCGGCCCGAGGUGGCCGAGAUCCUGCGGGAGAAGGAGAUGCUGAGCGCCAAUGCCGCCUGGCUGGCCACCGAUAUCGAGGCCCUCAAGGGCGACUUCGUGGCCCUGUCCAAAUCCAAGCUGGAGCUGCAGGGCCUGCACAGCUGCCUCGCCAAGAUCCUGGCCGACCUGCAGCGCAAGCACGAGGCGGCCCUGGCCAAGCAGGCCCAGCCCGGGCAAGAGAACGAGAGCCUGCUGGCCGAGAAGAGGGAGCUGCAGCAAGAGAAGGCUGAGCUCCUGCAAGAGAAGGAGCAGCUGGCCGGCAGUUACUUCCUCCUCCAGAAGGUCAGUCGGCUGGCCCAGACCAGCAGCCACGUCUCGGCCAACCUCCUGGAGGCCCAGAAGGGGAACCACGUGCUGAGGAAGGACAAGAUCAGGCUCGCCGUUAAAAUCAGAGAGCUCGAGACGCUGCCGUCGUUUACGGCUGUGCAGACAGCGGAAGAUGCCAGGCAUUUUAUGGAACAGCUGUCCCAAGAGAAGACAGAGACCCUGGCCUCCCUGGAGGACACCAGGAACACCAAUGCAAACUUGCAGAAU